UCCAUGGCCAAUUUCUCCUGUGUUACUGAAUUCCUCCUGCUGGGUUUUUCCAGCCUUGGGGAAUUGCAGUUUGUCCUCUUUGUGGUCUUUCUCUGCUUCUAUUUGAUCAUCUUGAGUGGAAACAUUACAAUCAUCUCAGUCAUCUGCUUGGAUCACAGUCUCCACACACCCAUGUACUUCUUUAUAUGUAUCCUUUCUACCUCUGAGACCUUCUAAACAAUUGUCAUCCUCCCCAAGAUGCUUAUCAAUCUGUUCUCCAUACUUAGGACACUCUCCUUCAUGAGUUGUGAUUCAGAGAUGUUCUUUUUCUUUGUUUUUGCUGUCACCAAUUCCUUGCAUCUAGGAGUGAUGGGCUAUGAUCGUUAUGGCUGUCAGUCUUUGCACUACCCCAUUCUCAUGAGCUGGAGGGUUUGUGAGCACUUGGCAGUAACUUGUAUUGUUAGUGGUUUCCUAAUAUCUCUACUGGGAACAACUUUGGUCUUUAGCCUCCCUUUCUGUGGCUCCAACAAGGUCAAGCAUUAUUUUUGUGAUAUUUCACCAGUCAGCUAUCUCGCCUACACUGAAGCCUACAUUAAUGAACCUGUCAUCUUCAUUUGUGGGGUCUUGGGGCUUGUGCCCUUGAUCUUCAUCUGCAUCUCCUAUGAAUUUAUUGUCUCUACUAUCCUGAAGAUCUCAUCAGCUGAAGGCAAGCAAAAAGCAUUCUCCCCCUGUGCCUCUCAUCUCAUUGUAGUCAUUGUCCACUAUGGCUGUGCUUCCUUUGUCUACCUGCGACCCUCAGCCAAAUAUACAACAGGAGACAGGCUGGUGACCUAUAACAUCAUCACCCCACUGUUGAACCCUAUGGUAUACAGCCUCAGGAACAAAGAUGUACAGCUGGCCAUUCAGAAAAUGAUUGGAAAGACUGGGUUUUCUGUUAAGACUUUAUAA